AUGACCAUCCUCCACUCCAGCGCUAUGGAAUCCAUCAAACAGAUGCUGAAACGUCUCGCAGACAGGACGAAAAAAUGGAGAAUUAGCUCACGACGGCUUGUACAAAUCGUCAAGGGUGAGGCGGGCAAAUCUGGCUCAUCGGCGACGAGACCUCUGCCGCAGCUCCCGAUCGAGGUGUGGGAGAACGUGAUUGACCAUCUGUGGGACAAACAGUGGACUUUGCUGGAGUGCCACCUCGUCUGCCGAGCAUGGUACCCUCGCAGUCGCUUCCACUUGCACAGGAGUAUCUGGUUCGUGAGUAGCAAGGGUGUGAAGGCAUAUGCGAAGGCGCUGAAUCAGACGCCCGAGCUGUCAGAGCGGGUGCGCAAUAUGUUCAUAUUGGGCAAUCUGUCAAGCCUGUCGACGGCGGCGAUCCUGCUCGCUCGCAAGCUGCCCCGGCUGAAGACGCUCACAAUCCAGGCCCGGUAUUCAGAGUGGGAGCCGUGGACGAUGCACAGCGACAUUUUCCUGCUCCUCCCUGCCUUCUCGUCUGUCACUCGCCUCAUUAUCGGAAAUAUCACAUUCCCGUCGAUCACUGUUCUUGCGCACCUCGUCUGUGCACUGCCACGCCUCGUCAAGCUCAAAUGCAGGUCUUAUCGAUUCACACAUGACUGCUUCCAUGGCGAUAUGUUGGGUCCAUAUCGCGAUCGCGUCAACAUCAGGGCCUUGUCACUCCACAAAAAUUGUUUCUCAGGCCACCGCUCUGAGAAACUCUUCGACUUCCUUGCUCACCCUUGCAUCUCGAGUCGCUUGCAGAGACUAAUCAUUGAUGAUUCAGGUGAUCCGUGGUUUUCAGAACAGGACCAAUGCAAAUGCCAGCAACUAUUGGAGGCUGCAUCUGGCUCACUCUUGGAACUGAAAUCGCUUCUCACAUAUCCAGGACAACAGAUAGCAGAGUGGUCAUUGGUGCCUGCUGCAGGUGUGCACUCCAAGUUUAUGUAA